CAUCUUUUUUCGUUUCCCCAUGUCGAUCCCGUUUGUUAAUUAGCCAGCAAGAAGGGAAUCCGCGUCCGAGGUUUCUGAGCUUUGCCAUGGCGCUGUGGAGUGGUCUGGGGCAGGCGGCGACGGUGGCGCAGCUGGUCGGGGCAGACGUCGGUAGUCUCAUCUCCAUGAUCGUGCAAGCGGCGGUGACGGCUCAGCACAACAAGAAGGAGUGCGAGCAGCUCGCCCGCCGUGCCUUCAUGAUCGCGGAGCUGCUGCCGCAUCUGCGGGAUCCGGAGGUGGUGUGUCUGCCCGAGAUCCGGAGGCCGCUGGUCGGCCUCGACGACACGCUCCGGGAGGCACACGAGCUCGUGAUGUCUUGCCAGGAGAAGAGCGUGAUGCACCGGCUGGUAAUGGCAGGUCGGCAGGCCGAGAGAUUCAGAGAAGUUCAGAGCAGGAUCGACUCCUACCUCCUUGUCUUCCCCUUCAUCAGCCACAUCGAUAUAACCCGGCGCCUUGAUCGGAUAUACAGAGUUCUUCUUCCGAAUGACCACACGCCCGUGCCAUCUCCAUCUGCAGGCUCCCAGACUCGUGAGCUGGAGCUCGCAGAGGAGGCCGCUCAAGAGGUGGUAUUCCGUGGCGAAGAAGGCGAGAAAUUCACCAUAGCAGAGCUUGCGACGGCGACCAACAACUUCGCCUCCGACAGACUAAUCGGUCGAGGCGGUGUCGGCAAUGUGUACAUGGGAAGGCUUCCUGACGGGAGAGAGGUGGCCAUCAAGCACUUUCCCGAGUUUCACUACACAUCUAUUGAGGAUGAUGAGUUCAAUGCGGAGCGCAUCAUCCUCUCACGCAUCCGUCACAAGGGCAUCAUCCGUCUCUUUGGCUGCUGCGUGGAGCGCCACAAGCAGGAGGCUAAUAACAAGCGCUCCACAUGGUUCUGGAAAAAGAAAGUCGCCGAUGCCGGCCUGCAGACGCCGAUGACAACGGAGCCUCUCCUCGUUUUCGAGUACAUGAGGAACAGCUCCCUUGACAAGCACCUUCAUGGCUCGCUGUCGUCCUCCUCGCCGGUGGCCACAUCCUGGAGCAUGCGCAUGGGGAUACUGCUGGGCGUGUCGCGGGCCAUCGAGUACCUGCACACCCACCCUACGCGGCCGGUGAUCCAUCGCGACAUCAAGCCGUCGAACAUCCUGCUCGACGAGGCCUGGGUGCCGCGCUUGUCGGACUUUGGGUUGUCGGUCGCCUGGGACGGGACGGAUCACUGUUGUGAUCUGUCCAUUGACGGCACGCUAGGAUACAUCGACCCCGAGUACUUUGUGACGCACAGUGUGAAGCCAACGAUAGACGUGUACAGCUUCGGGGUUGUGAUGCUGGAGGUAUUGACAGGGAUAAAACCAAUUUUUAAACGGAAGGAGAAGGAAGAAGAGGACGACGGUGGCAUCAUCCCCACGAGCUUGCUGGCCUUCGCCCUGCCAAUCGUCGAGGCAGGGGAGGUGCGGAAGGUGCUGGACAGGCGCCCGACGCCGGAGCCAACGCCGAGGCAGCUCCAGGCAGUGGAACUGGUGGCGCAGACUGCAGCUUGCUGCGUGCGGCUGGAGCCCCAGGGCCGUCCAGCCAUUUCGGAAGUCGUGGCCAACCUCCAGGCAGCGAUCGACCUCAUCUCAUCCAAUGACGAUGAGUAGCCCCCAGACUGGGGCCGAUACCGCAUGAAUCGGUGGAGGAAUUGAAGAAGUUCAGAUAGUAUUAUUAAUUAUUGCUCCCUUCUCCUGGUGAAGAGAAGGAUAUGUUACGACAUCUGUUAGACAUUACUUAUCACAUCUACAUAUGUGAAAGCAACAAGCUGUCUCAAAAAAUGAUGAGCCACGUCAUCUGGAAUACUAAUGGCCUUAGGAUGAGAGUAGGAAUAAAUAUAGACCGUUGGAUCAUUUGUGUGUAUACCAAUCACAUAUAAGGAGAGUUCUAGAUGAAAAGGUCCCAUGCAUAUGCAGAUACUUUUAUAUGAUAGUCA